CCUCCUUGUUGUCCAUCCGGUCCGCGGAGGUCGUCAGACCAUGGCCGGGUACGGCCUGGAGCGAUCACCGCCGCCCAUAUGACAAUAGGGAACUUUCUCCCGUAGUUUCGCUUUUGUCUCGCCUGGUGACAGACAGGCGUGUUCCUGCCUCCUCCGACGAUCUCAUCAUAUGACUCCGAACAGGAAGAGCUCCACGCCAAACGACCUGCGUGCCAAGAAGUAAACACGACGAUCGGCGCGACUCUCCGCUAAGAGGCUGUCCCCUUUUGUCCCGUCGUCCUUCACUAAACUCGACAGGAUAAGCCCAGCCUGAAGCACACGAGCAGUGUCAUCAUCAUGAGCAUCGCAAAGAAUCGCAAAGGAGAGGACGACGGAGAGAGCCGCCUCAUCGGGUCGCCGUCGAGGAACGCAGCCGCGCCCGUCGGGACGUUUGUCUACGUGCUGGCCUUUUUUUCGGGCCUGGGGGGGUUCCUCUUUGGCUACGACACCGGGGUGGUGUCGGGGGCCUUGCUGCUCCUGAAGAGGGAGAUGAACUUGAACACCCUCUGGCAGGAGCUGGUGGUCUCCAGCACCGUGGGGGCGGCGGCCGUUUCCAGCCUGAGCGGGGGCUACCUGAACGGGCUGCUGGGGCGCAGGAAAUGCACCCUGGUGGCCAGCUUCAUCUUCACCAUUGGCGGGUUCAUCAUGACGUUUGCGCCGAACAAGGAGGUCCUCCUGGUGGGCAGGAUUAUCAUCGGCCUUGGGAUUGGCGUCGGCUCCAUGACCCUGCCUGUGUACAUCGCUGAGGUUUCGCCACCACACAUGCGGGGCCAGCUCGUCACCGUCAUCACCGUCCUCAUCACGGCCGGCCAGUUCAGCGCCAACGUGGUGGACGGCGCUUUCAGCUACAUGAAACGCGACGGCUGGAGGUACAUGCUGGGUCUGUCGGUGGUGCCGGCCAUAGGGCAGUUUGUGGGCUUCCUUUUCCUGCCCGAGAGCCCCCGCUGGCUCCUCCAGAAGGGCAGACACCAGGAGGCCCGCCGGGUCCUGAGCCGGAUCCGAGGCUGCCAGGACGUGGACGAGGAGUACGAGUACAUCCAGAGCAGCAUCAAGGAGGAGGAGAAGGGGGCGAAAGACGGCGAGGUCAUCUUCUUUCGCAUCCUCCGCCACGGACCCACCCGCAGGGCUCUGAUCGUGGGCUGCGGCCUGCAGAUGUUCCAGCAGCUGACGGGGAUCAACACGGUCAUGUACUACAGCGCCACCAUUCUGCAGAUGUCGGGCGUGCGUGACGAGAGGCAGGCCAUAUGGUUGUCCGCCGUGACCUCGGGGACCAACUUCGUAUGCACCUCGCUCAGCAUCUGGUUGGUUGACCGAGUGGGACGCAGGAAGCUGACGUUGGCCAGCAUCACAGGCACCGCUCUGAGUCUCUCCGUGUUGUCAGUCGGCUUCCUGCUGUCGGCGCAGAACUCUCCGGCUGUGACGCUGCGGCCGCUCGACUCCCACAACUCAUCCUGCACGUUGUACAGGACCUGCUCCGACUGCAUGUUGAACCCCGCCUGUGGAUUUUGCUAUCGCCAGAACAGCAGCGACAUAUUUGACUCCACCUGCCUUGCCGCCAACCCCACGUCCAGCGACCACUCAGCAUGGGGACGGUGCUUCAACCAGACGGAUGCGCCAGAGAGUCCAAUCUGGGCUUACAACUACUGUCCGACUUUAUACUCCUGGGUGGUCCUGGCGGGCCUCCUCCUCUACCUGAUGUCUUUUGCUCCAGGAAUGGGUCCCAUGCCGUGGACCAUCAACUCCGAGAUCUACCCACUCUGGGCCCGCAGCACUGGCAACGCCUGCUCGGCUGGCAUCAACUGGAUCUUCAACGUCAUCCUGUCGCUCACCUUCCUCCAUGUCGCGGAGCUGCUCACCUAUCAAGGCAUCUUCUUCCUGUACACGGGAUUCACGGUGCUGGGCUUCCUCUUCAUCCUGUGCUGCCUGCCGGAGACGAGGGGCCUGCAGCUAGAGGACAUCGAGAACCUGUUCAUGGGCCCGCUGUGCUCCUGCGGGGACGGCUUAAACUUCAGGAACACCCAGUACAAACGGGUAAAAGGCAGCAAUUACUCCCCCUCGGACAACGAGGCCUCCGACAUAGACUAGGUUUCGGGAGAGGGGCUCUGCGUGUCCGUCUUGUGGAUUUCUCACCUCUUUUCUUGGUUUUUGAGGACUUGGGAAGCCUGUUGAAGCCAUGAGAAAAAUAAUGACACGCUGCCCCCUAGUGGCGAAGGGCGAAAAAUUAGCAAUGUUUGCACAAACUGAUCAUUUUUAUUAUUUUUAAUUUGGUUUCCUAAUGGCACCUUCACACUCAGUCAACUCUCUCAUCGCUUCCUCUGUGCCUCUGAGGCACUCGGUACCAUUCCCUUCCUGACCAAUCAAGACUCUCACUACAAAGUGAUGACGUUGUAGUGGAGUUUCUUUAAAUCAAGGGUGCUCAAACCUUUUCCACUGAGGGCCACACACUGACAAAUCAAAGGAUGCGGGGGCCAUUUUGGUCGUUUUCACCUUCAAAACCAGUGCACUAUAUCGAUUUUUACAAAGAACUAAUGCAAUUUUGGUGGAAAUUUUGUGUGAAUGCUGAAGAGUCAAAACCCAAGUGAAAUGCUAACAGUUAGCAUGCUAGCCAGGUAGCAUCAAGUAACAAAAAAUAUGAGCAAAAUGAGCGAAAAAGUUGUUUUUUUUUUACAAAGAACUACAAAAUGCGAUUUCGGUAAGACAUUUUGUGUGAAUGCUGAAGAGCCAAAGUCCAGGUGAAAUGUUAAUAGUUAGCAUGCUAGCCAGAUAGCAUCAAGUAACAGAAAAUAUGAACAAAAGAAGCGGAAAAAAGCUAGCAUGCUAACAGUACACGCUACAAAAAAGUGAUGACAAAAUAUUUUUUUCAAGAACUACAAAAUGCGAUUUCGGUUGAGAUUUUGUGUUAAUGCUAAAGAGCCAAAGCCGAAGUGAAAUGCUAACAGUUAGCAUGCUAGCUAGAUAGCAUCAAGUAACAAAAAAAAUUUGCAAAUUUUUUUUUUUUUUUUUUUUUUUUUUUUUAAGAACUAGAAAAUGCAAUUUCGGUAGAAAUUUUGCGUGAAUGCUGAAGAGCCAAACCCGAAGUAAAAUGCUAACAGUUAACGUGCUAGGCAGAUAGCAUGAAGUAACUAAGCUAGCAUGCUAACAGUACGCUGUAAAAAAGAGCUGACCAAAUUUUUUUUUUUAAAGAACUACAAAAUGCAAUUUCGGUAAGAAAUUUUGUGUGAAUGCUGAAGAUCCAAAGCCCAAGUGAAAUGCUAAUAGUUAGCAUGCUAGCCAGAUAGCAUCAAGUAACAGAAAAUAUGAGCAAAAGAAGCGGAAAAAAGCUAGCAUGCUAACAGUACACGCUGCAAAAAAGAGCUGACAAAAUAUUUUUUUCAAGAACUACAAAAUGCGAUUUCGGUUGAGAUUUUGUGUUAAUGCUAAAGAGCCAAAGCCAAACUGAAAUGCUAACAGUUAGCAUGCUAGCUAGAUAGCAUCAAGUAACAAAAAAAAUGAGCUAAUUUAUUAUUUUUUAAAUUUUUUGAAAGAACUAGAUAAUGCAAUUUCGGUAGAAAUUUUGCGUGAAUGCUGACGAGCCAAACCCCAAGUGAAAUGCUAACAGUUAACAUGCUAGGCAGAUAGCAUCAAGUAACAGAAAAUAUGAGCGAAAAAGCUAGCAUGCUAACAGUACACGCUGCAAAAAAGAGCUGACAAAAUAUUUUUUUAAAGAACCAGAAAAUGCGAUUUUGGUAGAGAUUUCGUGUGAAUGCUAAAGAGCCAAAGCUGAAGUGAAAUGCUAAUAGUUAGCAUGCUAGCCAGAUAGCAUCAAGUAACAGAAAAUAUGAGCAAAAGAAGCGGAAAAAAGCUAGCAUGCUAACAGUACACGCUGCAAAAAAGAGCUGACAAAAUAUUUUUUUCAGGAACUACAAAAUGCGAUUUCGGUUGAGAUUUUGUGUUAAUGCUAAAGAGCCAAAGCCAAAUUGAAAUGCUAACAGUUAGCAUGCUAGCUAGAUAGCAUCAAGUAACAAAAUAAUUAGCAAUUUUUAAUUUUUUUUAAGAACUACAAAAUGCAAUUUCGGUAGAAAUUUUGCGUGAAUGCUGGCGAGCCAAACCCGAAGUGAAAUGCUAACAGUUAACAUGCUAGGCAGAUAGCAUCAAGUAACAGAAAAUAUGAGCGAAAAAGCUAGCAUGCUAACAGUACGCCGCAAAAAAAAGCUGACAGCAGUAUAUGACACUCAGGUCUAUACAUGCUAAAUUAGCUUGAAAAGUGAGCAUGCUAAAAUGCUAACUGGAACAUGCUUCAAAUACUAAGAUAUAUUACUCUGUGUGUACAUGAUGGAUCGUUUUAAAUGCUAGCAUGCUAAUAUUAGCAUACCUCAGGUACCAAAAUGUGACUGAGGUGUCAACCUACACAAUUAGCUUAAAAAAAAAAGCUAGCAUGCUAACCGGUAUAAAUGGGAGACCGGGCUUUCUGCUCCGCCACUCCCAGUUUGUGGAACGCUCUUCCUGACCACCUGAGGGCACCACAGACUGUGAAUGCUUUGAAAAAAGGCUUAAAAACCCUUCUUUAAAAAAAAAAAAAAAAAGCCUCUUUUUUUUUUAGAUAUACGCAUACUAGUUCUAGCUAUUAGGCUGUUCUAGUUUUUAUUUUUAUUUAUUUUUGUUAUCUUUUUAUUUAUUUAUUUUUUAAAUACACUGUAGCACUUUGAGGUUGUUUGCUCAAUGUUAAGUGUUUUUUUUAAUAAAUAAAAUCUAUUAUUAUUAUUAUUCCUCAAGUAACAAAAUAUUUGACACCGCGGUGAACACCUUCAAAAUUAGCAAAAAAGCUAGCGUGCUAGCUUUAAAAUGCUAACAGUUGUGGCCCCACUUUGGACACCCCUGCUUUAAAAUGUCGACCACAUUCCUGAGUCAUGCCAGUGUUUGGUGCUUAGUCAUGGUAUGGCUGCUAUCGUGGGAGAGAUGGCACUUUUUAAUGGUAGCACACCACAUUGACUCCAGUGGCUCUGAAAAUGUUUCUAGAAAGACCAGGACUUGACCCCAGCCGACUACGGAGCAACGGGCUCAGACAUGGGCAUAGCGUACAUCACUGUAAGUACUGCAUUCUCCUCAAACUGUCAGCGGACCUCGGCGGAGGUACAACCCCGUGACAAAAGUUCCAUUU